GAAUGGUUAACAGUCGAUAUCGAGGGAGCUUCAACUAGCAGCGGUCGCGAGACAAUCCAUUCCUUACUCUGACCUUGAGGCUCCACCGAGUUCUUUUGCAUCUUCUGCGAGUUCGAAGCGAUUGCUGGAAUUCCUGGUUGAUCCCGGCAAAGCAUCUGGCUAUACCACACACUCCUCCGGCGUCUUGGUUAAACGGAACGUGUCCUCUCGAUCCGAAAGCUUACAACGACCUGAAAACAUCGACAAACAGCCAACCCCCUUACAACGAUUCAAUCAACCCCCUCGGUUCCUGGCAAAUAGGAACUACGCGCAAUACGGCCUCCGCGAUACCCCUUCUAAACGAUAUUCGGAGAAAAGAAAUUGCCCUUCAUGAAUAUCUUCCGAAUCACGGGAGACCUCUCCCAUCUCAUAUCCAUCUUCAUUUUACUUCACAAGAUGCGUACAUCGAAGGUUGGAGGGUCCCCCUAUCUCCCAUCCUUUGUUUGAUAGAUAGAUAUCGUGUUCGCGAGAUCGAUUCCAUUACACUGAUCGUGGCCCGCUGAUGAUUCUGUGUGUGCGCGAUAGAGUUGCAUAGGAAUAUCGUUCAAAUCUCAAGUUUUGUAUCUCAUUGUUUAUGUCACACGUUAUCUAGGUACGGAAAAUUAUGUUAUCUGUUGCCCAAAGAAUUAAAACCCCCACGAACUUUCUUCCUCGGUGCUGGGUGGCUUUUUGUGCACCUCUCGGAUCCUAAGUUUUGGUUUUUUGGACGACUGUUCUGACAAGUUGCAACGAUCAAGAUUUGCUAUGGACCUUCCAGCACUCGGCCUACAAUAGCUUGAUGAAGAUCAUCUUCAUCGCCUCGUCAGCGUACACAAUUCACCUCAUGUUGAAUGACUUUAAGCCAACGCACGAUCCAAACAUUGACACGUUCAAGGUCGAGUACCUCAUUGGUGGAUCGGCAAUCUUGGCCCUACUGUUUCCUUACAAGUGGACAACAGCAGAGGUAUAUUUCCGCCCACUUGAUUGACUAGAACCGGACAGUGUUUCGUAACGAUGGGUAGCGGCGUUGGCAGCGAACUUUUUUUUUUUUUCCCCACACACUGUUCCUGCUGCCGCCGCAUACCGGCCGGUCUAGUUCCUGUAGGAGCUUUUGGGGAUUUGUGAGGCUGAUCGGGUGUUGCUAUUUUUUUUUUCCACAAUUAGGUUCUCUGGUCGUUUAGCAUUUGGCUCGAAAGUGUGGCCAUUCUGCCCCAGCUUUUUAUGCUGCAACGGACAGGCGAGGCGGAAACGAUAACAACGCAUUACAUUUUCGCGCUGGGCGCAUACCGAGCAUUGUACAUCCCGAAUUGGCUGUAUCGGUACUUCACGGAAAGCUUCACAGAUCCCAUCUCCACAAUAGCGGGUAUUAUUCAGACAAUCCUCUAUUCCGACUUCUUCUACAUCUACUAUACUAAGUACGGGUUACCCUUCCUUCUCCUGAUUUUCCCGGUUUCCUCCAUCCCGACCCCCACCCUGAAACAAGGCUGCCGAUCAUCGGUAAAAUGAGGAGGGCCAUUGAUAGGUUAAGCUUUUGGAACAAGACUAAUGGACCGUGCCGAUAAACAGGGUAUUGAAGGGUCGCAAGUUCGAGCUGCCAGUCUAAAAUACUGCUAGAUGGGUUGUACGCGCAGCUCGCUUGCCGCGUGUGCGUGUCGUGGAUCCGACCGCGGGGAAGAAAAUUCAGAGUUGUUCAGGAUACGAUAUCCCUGAUAUAUAAAGAGCGGUGGGUAUAAAAAACUUUCAUUGAGCUGUGGGUCUUGUUUUUUUUUUUCUUUACUUGGCCUCCUCUCUUGUUCAAAUAUUCUUGGCACUCUGGUCCCAUGCAGCGCACCGCCUGUAAUUCUUGGGUGGAGGGGUUGCUAGGGUUUGGGAUGCGCCGAGAGAUUUGACGGGCGAGGGCGUGGAUGCAUUUUGUCCUUUUAUGUCCGAUGGAUGGCUCAGCCGGAUGCGGGGAGACCGUUCAUGGGAGGGCUUAAGCGGAAACGUAUGGAUUUGGAGCUGUGCAUUUUUUAUAGAGGGUUCAUGGGCAUUAGUGAAUUAAAAAGGUUACAGCAAAAAAGCAAAAAGUGUGAAAUAGAGGGUCCGUUCUUGCUUGCAGGGCUGGCGGUGCCAGCGAAGGACACCACCCAAGAGAAUAAUUUGGAAAAAGAAAAGGGAAGGGGAAGGGGAAGCUUAAUAAUCAAGGGGUUCUCUGUGCUUUACUAGCGAUACCGUGCUAGUUGUUCCUCAUUCGGUUUCCCGCUGCACUGCAACUUGUACAAUUGUUGUUUCUUUUUAUAAAUACCGUUUCUUGAACCCCUUC